UUCAGAAAUGAACCAGUGAGGCUAGGAAAACUGGCCUUAAAUAUACAGUCUGAAAGCUUUGUGGAGAGGCAUGGCUUUUCACAAGAUGUGUGAGCAGGGUUUUGUGUAUUUUUUGUGUGCGUGUUUUUUUUAAAAAAACCUCUGUGCCAAGUUGCUCCCCAUUCUGUGCAGAAUCUUACAGGUUCCAUAGAGCAUAUAAAUCAAGCAAAUUAUUUUGCUUGGCCUUUCUGCUAGUUGUGAGGAAAAGCAAGGCAUUAAUACAAGGUGCUGCAGCAGAAUGCCUUGCUUUUCCCUACUGUGGAAUGUCAGGUACUGGAAAGUUAAUCCACCUGCUAUCUUGGCUUUUGAGACUUUGCUAGGCAUCUCAGGUCAGCUGAAGAGGACUCAUGUGGUGCAGUAGUUAGAGGCCUGGAGUGGGACUUGGGAGACUUGGCAUCUACUCCCCACUCAGUCAUGAGGCUUAAUGCAAGACUUUGGGUCAAUCACUGACUCUCAGUGUGGCCUACCUCACAGGGUGGUUGUAAGGAGGAUAAAGUGAAAAGGAGGAUCAGGUAUACCACCUUGGGCUCCUUGGGGAAAAGGCAGAAUAAAAAUGUAGCAGAUGCAUGUUAACUGCCCAAAGAAUCUCCGAAAUUGGGCGGUAUAAAAAUGAAAUACAUCCAUAUAUAAUACUAUACAGUCAUGUGAGUUGGAGGUGUGCUUUUAAAACGGGGGUUCCAAGAUGCUAAAUUCCACAGGCAAGCUUGCAUUCUUAACUUGUGUAGCUCUUUAUGCAGACUUGUUGACACAAAGAACCCUGUAUAUUUGAAGUACAUAGGUAGCUUAUUCCAGUCAAAUCACUGUGGAACAAAGUGCCCUAUAUCUUGUUGAAGAGGACAGAUUACCCUAACGAUUUCCUUCACAUGUUGUUCCUGUUAGUAAAUGUUACUUGUAUGGGCAGAUCAGUGAGGCUCGUCAAUGGGGAGGCAGUGAAUGGGGCGGGGGUGAGAAGCCAAGAGUCCUGGCAUCUAGCCUAGCCCCUCAAAGAGCAUGAGGAUUAAAUGGUCAAAGCAGUAGGAGCCGAGGCUCCUCAAUUGUAGUCGCUGGCUUUUAACUGCCUUGAUGGGUGACCUCUGCCAUUUCUUAUUCCCAGUGGUUCUUUAAAGAGCAUGAAACCUGCUUGCCUUCAAACUUGUUCCUGGAUGGGCUGAUGCAAAUAUCAGACCUUGUGGGAGCAAAUUUCCUUGGUCCUUCAGGGAGCCUAACAUUGCUUGAUCAAGGGCUUUUGUGGAUUGCGUGUGGGCAAAUAACAUCCCUCUUUUGGGAAGGUGGGAAAUAAGGAUUCUUUGCAGUCUGAGAAUUCACCUCCUGUCAUGCUGUGUCUUGGGAAAAGGGUGGGCAGACAGGAUCAGGAAUAUAUAUCCUUUUUGCCACAAUGGCCCAUGUUGUACUUCUGACUCACCUAUAUAUGAAAGGGAGGUGUGAUAGCCUUUUAAUUUGUGGCUUGCCUCCAUCUAGGAGGCAGGUAGAAAUAGAAGAAAGAACUGAGUGCAAAGCAAUGGAGCUGAGGCUUACCCUUGGGUGCUAUUGCAUGGAUGUGGAAAAGCUUGUGUCUGUGUGAAUGUUGGCUGUGGAAAUUUUGUGUAGGCGGAUGAGCUGUGUGUUUUGUGAGUGUGAGGGGAUGUGGGAAUGCAUUCCACUGGCUCAGACCUGGACUUGCACUCAGGAAAGGAGGGAACAGGGCAACUUAGGGAUCGUGUUGCAGCAGGAAUGUAGUCUGUUGAAGUCCUUGCUGGCAGUGUAUUGUUUGCAUUCACAUAUGUGAUAUUAUGUAUGCAUAAACAUGUUUGAAAGUAUUCCAUUAAAGUGUGUAUCCAAAGUGUACCCUUGGAUAUUUGGUAGGACACCAAAAUAACCCUGCUUUUCUCAGAUCCUGACACAAGUGUCUGUGCAUAUAUACACAAACUAGUGUGUUGGUAAUACUUUCCAUUGCUGUGCUAGGUAGCUGUUGUGUGAGAAUGCUGUUACUUAUAUAUGCAUGCGUGCGCACACACAUUAUGUGGAUUUGGAAGAGACCAACUAAAUACACAUCUGCAUAGAUUUGGAUAUGGUGUGUGCAUUGGGGGAGGUGAGGAGCACCCCUUGGUAAGACAGCAGUGCUGGAUGUGUCGUCAAGUUUUGAGAUUGCUGAAGCCUAUGGCAUGGGGUCUUGCAGUGUAGUGUGUCUUUGGGGGUUACAGAGAGCACAUUUUGCAGCGGCACGGUUGCUGGCUCUGCGUGCCGACAGAGUAAGGGGCAGCAGGGGAGGGGGGAGAAGCAUUGUCUGGGGCUGAUCUGUGUGCUGGGCACGCACUCAGUUGCAAGUGGGUCUCUAGAAAAUGGCUGAGAGUGAGUGAAUCGCCUGGGCCCCAGCUCCUUCCAUCUUCUCUCUGCUUGGAGAGGGGAGGGGGCUGAGUCUCUCUCCUCCAGCCCCCCAGCUGUAUUUUCCUCCUUGAGUAGGCCCAGAGCACUAGCAGUGCCUCUUGAACAAGAAGGGCUUCCCUGGGGGAGGGAUGUCUCUCUAAUUUCAUUACUUUCCUAGGGCACCUCACUCGCAUGGCUGGCAGAGGUGGGUGCCUGUGCUGCUUUUCCCUAGCCUGGGCCCCAUCAGGAAACGUGCUUUGCUUCACUUAGCUUGGGUAAUUUACUAAUCAGCUCCUCCUACCUCACUCAUGCUGACAUGCUAGAGAGGUAGGAUGGCUGCCGGCUCCCUUUUUCACUGUGCCAGUUUUGUUAGGCCUUCAUCCUUCUGCUUCAGGGUUGGGGGUCUGGUAGUAAGGCUUUGCCGUGGCAGGCUGUUUUAAAAUACUACCCUCCCCAGGCAGAGGGCUGUCUGCACAGGAUGGUGCAGGCCGAAGUCACCUUAAGCUGAGGUCCUUCUUAGGCUAGCUGUGUAUGACUGUGGGGUAGCCACCAAAUCCUUAGGGGACCUUCAGAGUUAACUGUUCUAGGAAGGGCCAGCAGAAUGGCCUGUGUCCUUACUCUGAAGCUUCUCAAGGACCAGCAUCCUUUCCUUGAUACUGACACUACCAUGGGAUAAUUCAGGAACGCUACAGCCCCCAAAAACCUGCAGUGUGAAGUGAGAGCAUUCCUGGAAGCACUGGGCCACCCACUCAUCUGUUUGAGCCUCUCUGUGUGCAUACAUGCUCAGAGGGACAGAAAUAGGCCAUGGGUGUCUUACUUGCUUCUUGUAACUUGUGGUGGAGUGUCCCUGGAAGCAGAUCUGGACCGCAAGAUGCCAUUUCCUCAUCCCUGCUCCAAGCUAUUCAUGAAGAUUGGGUGAAGACCUCAAGCUUCAGAUCGAUUCCUGUGCUGACCCCUUUUCCAGUGGUGUGGGACUAUGAGAAGAGGCCAUUUCCUGCAACUUAACCUCCCCCCCACCAAUUUUCCUUUUUGUCUGUAAUUUUUGCUUGGGCUCUGCAUACUUUCUGACCUUCAGCAGUACAACCUCUCUGUACUUACUGGAUAGUGUAGAAUUGAGGUUAGUUGGGCCUGCUUGUGGCUUCUGUGAAAUUCUGACUAUCCCUUUAUCCUUGCUGCCCUAUUUAUAGCUGUUUUACUGUCUCAUGUGGCUCUGUGAAAAUCCAUCUGCAGAACAUCAGUUUUCUUUCCAUGUCUCAUAGAGAUAUAAAAUUUUGGAAAAUGUGAAGCUAGGAGAAACAUCUGUUUUCCUCCUUUCACAUUUCUAAAAGUUCUUAUGAGUAUGUGUGAAAUUUAACCAAUGUCAAUUAUUAAAUAUUCUACAAAUUCUCAUUUCAGCAAGAAGUCCUGUUGUGGGACUUAGGACAAAACUUGUGUUAGCAGAGUUUGCCUUUGGUUGCUGUUGCGAUGUUAGAGAGAAUUUAUGUGUGAGUAGAAAAAAGAAAGACGGGACCUGGGCCUUAGUUCAGUUGUACAGUGCAUGCAAAAGGUCCCAGGUUUGAUCCGCGACUUUUCCGCAUGGGGCUAAAAAAGAAUCCAGCCUGAUUGCCCUAAUAGCUAGUGCUAGUCAGAAUAGAUUAGCCUUCCCCAACCUGGAACUCUCCAGAUGUUCUGGACCACAAUUUCCAUCAUUCCUGACCAUUGGGUACGCUAGUUAGGGCUCAUGGGAGUUUGAAUUCAAAACUUUUGGAGAAUACAGGGUUAGGGAAGGCUGGUGUGGACAGUACUGAAGUAGGUGGAUUGGGGUUCUUACACUGUAUUAUGCUACUUCUGGAAAAUGGAAGGGCAAAAAAUACCCAUUCAGACAAGCAGCAGACAUACAUAUAAAAUUUGAUAGUAUAUUAUCCUUCCCCAACCUUGGGUUCCCAUGGGAUAUUGGACUAUAGUACUGUCAUCCCUAACCCGCACUGCAAAUGGUUAGGAAUCAAGGGACUUGUAGUCCAACAAUAUCUGGGGAACUUUGUUUUGGGAAAGGCUAAUGCUGACCAACUUUCUGUGGCCAGUGUAGCUUAGGAAGCUCAUGGAAUAACAGUGAUUGCCAUUCCCUCUGUUUUUCUUGCAGCAGCUGGGGGAUGCAGGCACAGGGCUUUCAUCAAGUGCUUGUGACUGAUACUGGUUUGUUUUUCAUGCCCUGUGUAUUAGUCUGCUGUUGCCCACUGCUGAAUGUAGCAGACUCUAAUCCAAUCCUUUCCUUUCCUUUCCUUGUAGCUUUGCAGUGCUUGGAUGGCGACAAGCCCUGUGAGAAUGGUGGGAGCUGCAUCGUUUACUCCAAUGGACUUGCUGCCUGCAUAUGCCAGCCUGGACUGAUUGGAGAGCACUGCCAGUUUCAGGACCCUUGUCACCAGUCACCCUGUGCGAAUGGGGGCUCAUGUGAGAGUAACCUGCGUGAUGGAACUGUACACUACCAGUGCACCUGUGCAAAGGGCUUUCGAGGUCAAGACUGCUCUCUGAUUGAUGCAUGUGCCAGCAAGCCGUGUGUUAAUGGUGGUCGCUGCACGAACUGGAAUGGUCGCUACAAUUGUACAUGCCCUUCUGGCUAUCAGGGUCGCAACUGCCGGACUGAUGUGGAUGAAUGUCGUGUGCCUGGCCUGUGCCAACAUGGGGGUACCUGCCUCAAUACACCUGGUUCCUUCCGCUGUCAGUGCCAAGCAGGGUACACAGGACAGCUUUGUGAGAGCAUCUCCACACCUUGUGCUCCCUCCCAGUGUCUCAAUGGGGGCACUUGCCGUCAGACAGGCGAACUCAGCUAUGAGUGUGCUUGUUUACCUGGCUUCGAGGGACACAACUGUGAAAUUAACAUGGAUGACUGUCCAGACCACAUGUGCAUGAAUGGGGGCACUUGUGUGGAUGGCGUCAACACCUACAACUGCCAGUGUCCUCCAGAAUGGACAGGCCAAUUCUGCACCGAGGAUGUGGAUGAAUGCCAGCUGCAGCCUAAUGCCUGUCACAAUGGGGGCACGUGCUUCAACACCAACGGAGGCCAUACCUGUGUCUGUGUCAACGGCUGGACAGGAGAGAGCUGCAGUGAGAAUAUUGAUGACUGUCAGAACGCUGUCUGCUUUCAUGGCGCUACAUGUCAUGAUCGCGUGGCUUCUUUCUAUUGUGCUUGUCCUAUGGGCAAGACAGGCCUCCUCUGUCACUUGGAUGAUGCCUGUGUCAGUAACCCUUGCCAUGAGGAUGCCAUUUGUGACACCAACCCAAUGAACGGCCGUGCCAUCUGCACCUGUCCACCAGGAUUCACUGGCGGAGCUUGUGAUCAAGAUGUGGAUGAGUGUUCCAUUGGAGCCAAUCCAUGUGAGCAUUUUGGCAAAUGUGUGAACACCCAAGGCUCUUUCCAGUGCCAGUGUGGCCGUGGCUAUACAGGCCCACGCUGCGAGACAGACAUCAAUGAGUGCCUCUCCAUGCCAUGCCAGAAUGAUGCUACCUGCCUUGACCGCAUUGGCGAGUUUACCUGCAUCUGCAUGUCAGGUUUUAGCGGCACUUACUGUGAGAUCAACAUCAAUGAAUGUGAGAGUAAUCCCUGUGUCAAUGGUGGUGACUGCAAAGAUACUGUCAAUGGAUUCAGCUGCACCUGUCCCUCAGGCUUCUCAGGCUCAAUGUGCCAGAUUGACAUUGAUGAAUGUGCCAGUACGCCAUGCCAGAAUGGUGCCAAAUGUGUGGACCGGCCCAAUGCCUAUGAGUGCCGUUGUACAGAAGGUUUUGAGGGGACUCUGUGCGAAAGGAACAUUGAUGACUGCUCACCUGAUCCUUGCCACCAUGGUACUUGUGUGGAUGGCAUUGCCAGCUUCACUUGCACAUGUGUCGCUGGCUACACUGGGUACCGUUGUGAGAACCAGAUCAAUGAAUGCCACAGCAACCCUUGUCAGCAUGGUGGCAAGUGCAUUGACUUGGUCAAUAAAUACCUGUGCCACUGCCAGCAGGGAACCUCAGGUGCCAACUGUGAAAUAAACUUUGAUGACUGUGCCAGCAACCCUUGUGAUUAUGGCAUCUGCCGCGAUGGCAUCAAUCGUUACGACUGCAUCUGCAAACCUGGCUUCACAGGUCCCCUUUGCAACGUCGAGAUUAACGAAUGUGCAUCCAACCCAUGCAAGAAUGGCGGCACCUGUGUGGAUGGUGAAGAUGGCUUCUCUUGCCUUUGCCCAGAAGGUUUCCAUGAUCCACACUGCUAUUCAGAGGUGGAUGAGUGCAGCAGUAGCCCUUGUGUGCAUGGCACAUGCCAUGAUGACAUCAAUGGGUACAGGUGUGAGUGUGAGCCAGGUUGGGCUGGUACCAACUGCGAUGUGAACCGCAAUGAGUGUGAAUCCAAUCCAUGCCAGCAUGGCGGCACCUGCACUGACUACGUCAAUGGCUAUCGCUGCAAGUGCAAAGAUGGCUUCCAGGGGACAUAUUGCCAGACCAAUAUAAAUGACUGUGCCUCCAGUCCCUGCCUCAACAAGGGCACCUGCAUUGAUGGCAUUGCCAGCUAUACCUGCCACUGUGACUUGCCUUACACUGGCCGGAACUGUGAGAAUGUGUUGGCCCCCUGCUUUCCUAACCCAUGUGAGAACAAUGGUGUCUGCGACCACACUCCUGAUUACGAGGGCUUUACUUGCGGUUGUGCACCAGGCUGGCAAGGUCAGCAAUGCCACAUUGACAUUAACGAAUGUGACAGGAACCCGUGUCGAAACAGGGGCACCUGUACCAAUCUGCUUGGCAGUUAUAGAUGUACCUGCCGCCCUGGCUACACAGGCCCCAACUGUGAGAUGGACAUUGAUGACUGCACACCUAAUCCUUGCCUGAAUGGUGGCUCUUGCCAGGACGGCAUCAGCUCUUUCACCUGCACCUGUCUGCCAGGCUUCACAGAUGUCCGGUGCGCCACUGAGACCAAUGAGUGCCUGAGCAACCCCUGCCGCAAUGGGGCUACCUGUACAGACUAUGUCAACAGCUACACUUGCUCUUGUGCACCAGGCUGGGCUGGCCUUCACUGUGAGCACAAUGUGCAGGACUGCACUGACAGUUCCUGCUUCAAUGGUGGAACAUGCUUGGAUGGAGUGAAUUCAUAUGCAUGCCACUGCCGUGCCGGCUUCACGGGCUCCCACUGCCAGCAUGAAAUUGAUGAGUGCGAAUCACAGCCAUGCCUCAAUGGUGGCGUCUGCCAGGAUGGCGUGCAGUCCUACCGCUGUACCUGUCCCCAGGGCUACACAGGUCCUCAGUGCCAGACCCCACUGGAUUUGUGCACUCGCUCCCCCUGCCAGAAUGGUGGCCUCUGUGUGCAAACAGGAACCACCUUAUCCUGUGAUUGUCCUGGAGGCUGGACUGGUCGUUACUGUGACAUCCCCAACGUCUCCUGUGAAGUGGUGGCCAGGAACCGAGGUGUGACCAAGGAGCAAGUGUGUCAUUAUGGUGGCCGUUGUGUGGAUGCUGGCAAUACUCACUACUGCAUUUGCAAGAAAAGCUACACUGGCAGCUACUGUGAGAGUGAAGUCAACCACUGCCAACACAGCCUAUGCCGGAAUGGGGGCACCUGUCGCAGUUUUGUGGGAGGAUAUGUUUGUGAGUGCCCACUAGGCUUUGAGGGGGACAACUGUGAGUAUGAUAUUGAUGAGUGUCAGUCACACCCCUGCCAGAAUGGAGGGACUUGCAUCGACCUCAUUGGUCACUACAUAUGUUCCUGCCCACCGGGAACUCUGGGUGUCUUAUGUGAAAUAAACGAGGAUGAUUGUGCCCCAAAUCCCACCAGCCGCACCCCAAAAUGCCUCAACAAUGGGACCUGCAUGGACAGAGUGGGUGGUUACUGGUGCAGCUGCCCUCCAGGCUUUACGGGCGAGCGAUGCGAGGGAGACAUAAAUGAGUGCCAGUCCAACCACUGCCACCCUCGCAACACACUCGACUGUGUUCAGGAAGCCAGCGAUUACCAGUGCAUCUGCAAGCCAGGCUAUACUGGCCGCCACUGCAAGAAUAUUGUGAACGCAUGUGAGUCUCAGCCUUGCCAGAAUGGUGGCCAGUGCAAGCUAGCAGUGAACUUGCCUCUAGGAUACACCUGCCAUUGCCCUCGGAGCUAUUCAGGCCUCAACUGUGAACGCAGCGUGCUCUCGUGCCGCGAGCUCUUCUGCUUCAAUGGCGGCACCUGCCGGACCUCAGCUCUGGGCGCCCGCUGUUACUGUUUGCAUGGGUGGGCUGGCCCUGACUGUCGCCUGCGUGCCAACAGCAGCUGUGCAAGCAUGCCCUGCCACAAUGGGGGCGCUUGCCAUGAGAUUGCCGCUCCCCCUUAUUUCCAGUGCCUCUGUAUGGGCGACUUCUCGGGCCCUCUCUGCCAGACACGCCACAUCAAGGCCCCUCAGCCCCCAGAGCUCCAUUGCCCGCUGGAGGAGUGCGCGGCAAAGGCUGGAGACGCCUACUGCGACAAGAUGUGCAACAGCCCAGCCUGCCACUGGGAUGGGGGUGACUGCUCCCUGCUGGUAGAUGACCCCUGGAAGCAGUGCGACAGACCCCAGUGCUGGCAGUACUUCAACAACAGCCAGUGCGAUGAGCAGUGCAACACCGUCAAGUGCCUCUACGAUAACUUUGACUGCAGGAGCCGCGAACGAACCUGCAACCCUGUUUAUGAACAAUACUGCUCAGAUCACUUUGCCGAUGGGCGUUGUGACCAGGGCUGCAACACUGAAGAAUGUGGCUGGGAUGGGCUGGAUUGUGCCAGGGAAGUGCCCGAACAUUUGGCAAGCGGUGUUUUGGUCAUCACCGUGUUGCUGCAUCCUGACGAGCUGCUCCGCACAAGCACCAUCUUCCUGCAGAAACUGAGUGCCAUUUUGCGAACCUCUCUGCGCUUCCGCCUCGAUGAGAAUGGCAACUAUAUGAUCAAACCAUAUUAUGGGGCUGGAGGUCGAAGACGCAGGGAACUGGACCGAGAUAUUAUCGGGUCUGAAGUUACUCUUGAGAUUGAUAACCGCCUCUGCUACCAAGCUUCUGACAAGUGCUUCCCUGAUGCGCAGAGUGCUGCUGACUACCUUGCUGCCUUGUCAGCUGUAGAGCGCCUAGAGUUCCCGUACCCUCUCAAGGCCGUGAGAAGUGAGACUAUUGCUGAUGGGUUGGACUCACUCAAGCUGGUGCCGUUGCUCGUAGUAGCAGCCCUGAUUCUCCUGGUGAUCUUGGUGCUGGGUGUGUUGGUGGCACGGCGCAAAAGAGAGCACAGCACCCUCUGGUUUCCGGAGGGCUUCAGUCUGAAGAAAGAAAACAUCAACAAGAAUCGGCGUGAGCCCGUGGGCCAGGAUGCGCUGGGCAUGAAAAACAUUGGUAAAGGCGAGAGUUUAAUACCAGACAGCUCAGAAGACUGGAUAGAAGCAGAGUGCCCAGAGGCCAAGCGCCUAAAGAGGUCUUUCAAUGCUAAUUUACAGACUUGUGUUUUUGUGUGUCAGGUGGAGGAGCCAGCCAUAGACUGCGAAGACCCAGUGGACUGCCGGCGGUGGACACAGCACCACUUGGUGGCAGCAGACAUCCCUAUGCCGCCGUCAAUGGCGCUGACGCCGCCCCAGGGUGAAUUUGAUACUGACUGCAUGGACGUAAAUGUCCGUGGGCCAGAUGGUUUCACGCCACUCAUGUUGGCUUCCUUUUGUGGUGGUGGCAUGGAGACGGAUAUGGCAGAUGAAGAGGAAGCAGAUGACUCCUCUGCCAACAUCAUCUCAGACCUAAUAUGCCAGGGGGCUAACCUGAGUGCUCAGACAGACCGCACAGGUGAGACUGCACUGCACCUGGCUGCCAGAUAUGCACGGGCAGAUGCUGCCAAGCGUUUGCUGGAUGCUGGUGCUGAUACCAACGCGCAGGACAACACAGGACGUACGCCACUUCAUGCUGCUGUGACUGCUGAUGCCCAGGGUGUCUUCCAGAUCCUGAUCCGAAAUCGCUCUACAGACUUGGAUGCUCGAAUGGGGGAUGGUUCGACUGCCCUGAUCCUGGCAGCGAGAUUGGCAGUGGAGGGUAUGGUGGAGGAACUGAUCGCCAGCCAUGCUGAUGUCAAUGCUGUGGAUGAGCUUGGUAAAUCAGCCCUGCACUGGGCAGCAGCUGUCAACAAUGUAGAGGCCACAAUUGCACUGCUGAAAAAUGGGGCUAACAAGGACAUGCAGGACAGCAAAGAGGAGACACCACUGUUCUUGGCAGCCCGGGAAGGCAGUUACGAGGCAGCCAAAAUCCUGCUGGAUCACUUUGCCAACCGGGAGAUCACGGACCACAUGGAUCGGCUGCCACGCGAUGUGGCCCAAGAGCGCCUGCACCACGACAUCGUCCGGCUCUUGGAUGACUACAACACUGUGCGCAGCCCACAGGGAGCGUUACCGGCGGGCCACUCCCUCUCCCCUCUUAUGUGCCCUCCCAAUAGCUUCCUGCCCAGCCUCAAGCCCACUCCACAGAGCAAGAAGAGCCGGCGGCCGAGCACCAAGAACGUGGCAGCAGGCAACAGUGCCAGCCUGGCACGGGAGAGCAAAGAGGCCAAGGCACGGGCCAAGAAGCUCAACCUGGAGUGCCAAGGCUCUCUCCUGGAGAGCUCUGUCACCCUGUCCCCUGUUGACUCACUGGACUCCCCAUACGUGCCCAACCCUGCCUCGCCUGGGGUCUUCCAUACAGCCAGUGCCUCACUGUCAGUACCCUCUACUCCCAUGGUCCAUGGCAUGAUGGAAGCACCCUUUGCUGUCAGCUUGGCACGCCUCAGCGACCUGGGGGAUGGCGCCCUUCUCUCUAUGAACCGCCUUUCGGUGCCCCCCGGCCGCAUGGGGCUCAGUCUGGGCAUGGUGAGCCCCGUGGCCAUGCCAUUUGAUUGGCAUGCCCGUGUCCCCACUUCCCAGUGCCAGCCAAUCAUAGGAGUGGUGCACCCCGCUGCCUCCCAUCCCAACCUCCACCAGCCAGGCCAAGCUUUCCCCCCAGGGCUGCUCCUGCCGAACCACAUGGCCAUGGGGCACAGCUCUCAGGGGUUGCCCAACCCAGCCCCUUCACAUGCCAAGGAGGCAGCCCAGCCCAUGCCCCCACCAGCAACAGCCAUGCGUGCCAGCCAGCCCGUCUCGCCCCAGGAGGGGCAGGGACAAGGGGCACCACGUGUAGGGCCGCCACAGUACCUGAAGGCCGCCGGGGUGGAGGACUACCCAACCCCACCCUCUCAGCACAGUUACACACAGGGGCAGGACGCCACACCCAAGCACUUCCUUCACCCACCGAGCGAGCACCCCUACCUGACCCCCUCCCCAGAAUCCCCGGAGCAGUGGAGCAGCCCCUCCCCACAUUCCUUGUCCGACUGGUCCGAGUCCACACCCAGCCCCACUGUCCUGGGGCCAAGCCACACCCAGCUGUCUUCGGCGGAGCCAUCCACCAAGAUGCAGGUGUUUGCAUGAGGAGCUGGGGCUGGAACGGAUCCUAGAGGCCUGUGUCUCUCUGUGGCCCCCAUUGGGGCCUCUGCCUGCACCUGCCCCUGCCUCACGGGGCCUGUUUCCCCUAUUUGUGUUUUUAUAAGAAAAAACUCAAGUGUAAAAUUUUUUUUAAAAAUGCCUGAUCUGGGAGAGGAACGGCAUGGCCUUCCCAUUCCCUCACUGCCAAGGAACCCAGGCUGGCCCUCUAUCCCCUCAUGUUGCCAUGACAACAGGUUUGUGGGGAGUUUUUAAAAAAAAUAAAAAAUCUUUUUGUAUAAACCUGCAUUUUAUUCCAAACGCUUUAUUUUUUACAAUGUAUUCCAUGUCAGGCCGUGUGUGCCACUCUUCCUUCUGUGGGUCUUGUGAGGAGCCUGCACCUUCUGUUCCCCCUCUGCAUGGCACCGCCUGUUGAGUCGAGCACCAUCUCCCUUCCCACCAUGUUGGGGCGGGAUUUUGCUUACUGUAUUUGCGUACUGGGUACGCGGAGUUAGCCCACACUUGCGUUGCCAUCCAGAGGGUUGAGCCCCAAUCCUGCCUCGGCCAUGCAGGGAGCUCAGCCCCACGGCCGCACCCUCAGACUUGGCACUUCAUCACAUUCCAGGUUAAUUUAUUCAUCUUGAGUUCUGCAGCAUUCCCCUGCCCCUACCCCCACCGAAUUCCUGGGUUGCUUUAGCUAAUGCUAGCCAUUUCCAGAGUAUUCUGAGCCACUGUGUUGUUAUGCCUGGUCCAUACUGACACCGCUUCUCCUUCCUCCAGGGCUGCCUUUGGCCUAUGUCAGCAGAUACACUUUCCUAUUUGGGAAGUUUCUUUUCCCUAGGGUACAGUAGGAUCCUGGGGUAGCCACAGACACUACUUUGGCAUAAAAGGUACUGAGAUAAUACAAAACAUUUUCCCAGCAGCCAACCACCUACUUUCCUCUUUGCACCCUGUACAUUCCAGCUAUUCCUGGCUGUAAAUACUGCUGGGUGGAGCAGGGGGCCAGCCAGGACCAUGGUCUGGCAGUGGCUGCUGCCUCCUGCUCCCGCCUUCCCUCCCUCCCCAUGCUGUGUAGUGUAGUGGGGGAAUGGCCCUGUCAGCCACCCUCUCUGCCAUAGAAGGACCAUUUCUAGCUCAUUUUAAAACUUUUUUUUAAAAAGAAAAUCCAGUGUAAACCAAGUAGCUUUAAAGCAGCUGGGUGCUUUGUGUACAGAGCGGCUUGAGCCGCGGCAUAAUAAACAUAGCUAAUAAGGAAA